AAAUGAACUCCACGCUGACAGUAACGUGUUUUAAUAAGAAAACAAUGGAACUUAAAUCUACCUCUCCUUUUACCAGAACCUUCCAAGUCAGUCAAAUAUUUGUACAACAGAGUGAUUAUUUUUGCAACUUGUUAUCAUGGCUAGGCAAUGAAGACUCUGGGAGUUGCUUUUCUCGUUUUAUCAGAUUAAAAUGUUGACAGUUACUUGUAGGCAGAGGAGGUUGGCUGCUCAUAUGUUUGCUGGGAACUUUAUUUGAGGCGGUGUGCAAGGCACCCCCCCUCCUUUUUUUCUGUCAUCUCUGCUUGUCUACUACGUCCCAAGGAUCAGUUUGUCGAGGAUACAGAGUGAAAAGGGGUUGAUGCGGGUCAACCGCGAACAAGCAUGCAUUUAUACAACCCCUCUUGACCGUCAGAUAAGUGAGUUUGUCCCUCCCAUGACUGCCAACGCACCGUCCGUUCGGUGACGUCAAUUCUCCUCGCGGCAGCAGGUGAGAGUCAAAGCAUCGCGUCUUGCUUUUAAAGCGAACGAGUAUCGGAGCGUAGUCAUGGGAAAGCUGCAAGAAUUUGACAUCACGUUCGCCAACAACAAGGUGGUUUACAGUCCCGGAGAGUCGAUCGGCGGAGCUGUCAAAAUUCGAAUCAGCAACUCGCUGCAGUACAAAGCCAUCAAGGUGACCUGUCAGGGCUCGUGCGGGAUCUCCAACAAAGUGAACGACACGUCGUGGACUAUCGAAGAGCAGUACUUCAACAGCACUUUGUCUGUUGCUGACAAAGGAACUCUGGCAGCAGGCGAACACAAUUUCCCAUUCCAGUUUCUCAUCCCAGCUGCAGCGCCAACUUCUUUCGAAGGACCGUUUGGAAAGAUUAUUUACCGUGUGAAGGCUGCCAUUGACACGCCACGCUUUGCCAAGGACUACAAAGCCCAGAGGCCUUUCUACCUCCUCAACCUGCUCAACCUUAAUGAUGUGCCGGACAUUGAUCACCUGAGCUACGCUGUCACCACGAAGAAAUUUAACUACCUUCUGGUGAAGUCCGGGACCCUUAUGUUGAAAGCUCGCAGUGACCUCAGGGGCUAUAUCCCCGGUCAGGUGAUCAAGUUAGCCGCUGAGAUCCACAACAAGUCUGGAAAAGACACGGGAUGUGUACUGGCGAGUCUCAUACAGAAAGUGACUUAUAAGACCAAGCGGCACGUGUUUGACCUGCGAACCAUCGCAGAGGUGGAGGGAGCCGGAGUGAAGGCAGGAAAACACGCUGAGUGGAGAGAACAGAUCAUUGUCCCACCUCUUCCUCAGUCAGCGCUAACAGGCUGCAGCCUCAUUGAUGUUGACUAUUUCAUUCAGGUAGCACUAAAAUCUCCGGAUGCGGUUGUCACCCUGCCCAUCUACAUUGGCAACAUCGCGGUGAACUUGUCGCCGAUAAGGACUGUACCUUCUAGUCCAGAUCAUUGCGGGGUGGCAGAUGAACCCGACGCAGCCGGGGUGACACCCAGCGCCCCCCCGGUUGAGGACGAUGAAGAGCUGUGUGCCGGCGGUGCCGCCAGCGAAGAGAUCCCCACCAAGAGUCAUUCUCAGCAAGAUCCCUCUGGUCAACCUGUCACCAUGUCCCCGAGCGCUUUUAGCCAUGCGCCCAGUUCAGCGCUGCUCCCUAGCCGCAGACAGCCCAACGCUUCUGCCCCCUUGUUCUGCGUCUCAACCGGGGCCACCAUACCUUUCUUCACUGACGGAGACCCCACACCUGUGCCCACUUCCUCUUCUCUCAUCUUGCCUCCAGAGUACAGCAGUUGGGACUAUCCUCAUGAACCUCCACCCACUUACGAAGAAAGCUGCAGUAGCACCAACUUCAGUUUAACCAGUGGACAAUAGAAACAGCAGCAAAUGAAGAACCGCUCACAGCUCCGCCUCAUGGAAAUACACUUGUGAAAACAGGACCAACUCCAAAACACCAAAGAUGAAGAUGUCCUCUACAAAUAAAAAGGGAUCGUGUCUGAUUGUAAAAACAAGAAUUGCAUUUUGAUCACACAUCCAAUCAGACGGUGAUGGACAGAGCGUCUUUAACACCACUCUCCUUAAAUUAAGACUCUUUUUAAAAGUGAAAAAGCGAUGUGAACCCAGUUUGAUUUUAUUUUUCUGUGCGCUAACUGGCCCAUAGUAGCCAAACAGCAGGUCCGAGUCUCCUGGAGUAACCUGCACGGACCGCUACCAGAGACUGUCUGUGUGGGGUAUCGCCUGCCCACAUGGGCACCGCACCAUUGGAGAGCCUGGAAUUGCUAUGAGUGAUGGUCUGUGACUGGACCGCUGUUCAACGUAGGUAUUGACAAUUACCGGUACAAACACCAUAUAUGAGAGACCAAACCCAGAGCCUGCUUCGGCUGCCUUUGGGAGGAGUUUGUUCCCUUGGAGAAAAUAUGUCCCAUGAAAAGGCCUCAUCAUACACCCGCAAAGGAAUUUGUCCUGGAUACGGAGGGAGUGCUGACAAUGGAUUAUGUUCAUAGCCCCAAUUGCGGCGAUAAUCGCAACAUCAGAUGGACAAAUAAUUUGACCUGCUGCAGAUUAUAUGGCAGACUUGGACUAAGCCGCAGAGGAUGAGGCUGACACGGAUGACGCUAGAGGAGACCUGCCCUCAUCACUGGUGGAUGAGCAUGUAAAUGAGCUCCAAGGCAGAAAGGCCAGCUGUGGAUGGCAUUCAACCGGAAGCCGCAAAAGGCUUUGAACACUGCUUCUCUUUCUGGCAAAUGCUGUGUGCCUUGGGUGGUGCUGUGAUAGUAUGUUUCCCUCGGGCCAGUAUUAUUAGCCAUUUCUUUGUCUGUAUUCUAGGGUUGGGCGAUUUUAGCAGAACGGCCGAACACGUCGUAGCAGGGCCACCGGCGAGACAGUUAUACCCACUUCGCCGCACCGCUGCCUCGCCUGUCUGUCGAAAUAUGUCCAUACUCAAAAGCGGUCUGUGGUGCAAAAGAGUAAAAAAUAAAUAAAGAAAACGAGCAGACAGAAGACAGCUGCUCUAGAGACCUGUGCUAAAUAACAGGAUCCCAUACUGCAAGUCAGAUGUGGGCAAUUAAUUUUUUGAACGAGCCAUGCAACUCAAUUAUGUUCAAUAAAAAUCGAAUGUCUUUUUA